UAGGAAGAAAGUGGGAAUACUGGUAUGGUUGCCUGCAUCAUUUGCUUGACCAAAAUGAGAUAGGGCAUGCAGGAGAGAAGGAUAUUUUGGCAAGUAGAAGCUACCAUGAUUUCUCAGGGGACACAAUUUUGCUUAUUCGUACCUUCUACUGUGGCAAAAAUGGAUUAUUUUCCUCGCCAAAAACCAGCAGCAUAACACCCAUCCAACACUUGCCUCAAGGAGAUCUUAUUUAAAGUCUGUUCAAAAUGGAUGCCUUCUAGCCAACCGGCGAGUCCUGCUGCUGCUGCGUGCCUGGCAGCAUCUCUGGAUGAUCACAUGACUCUUGAUAUGGAUGCAGUCCUGUCAGACUUUGUUCGGUCCACAGGGGCAGAACCAGGUCUGGCAAGAGACUUACUGGAAGGCAAAAACUGGGACCUGACAGCUGCUUUGAGUGACUAUGAGCAGCUCCGGCAGGUGCACACCGCCAACCUGCCGCAGGUGUUUAACGAGGGCAAGCACUGCAAGCAGCCAGAGCCAGAGCAGCCCCCUCAGGUGACAAAGGCUGAGCGGCCCUGCCUGCAGAGGCAGGAUGACAUUGCUCAAGAGAAGCGGCUUUCCAGAGGCAUUUCUCACGCCAGCUCAGCCAUAGUCUCUCUUGCUCGAUCACAUGUAGCAAACGAGUGUGGCAAUGAACAGUUCCCUUUGGAGAUGCCCAUCUACACAUUCCAGCUGCCAGACCUUAGUGUGUACAGUGAAGAUUUCAGAAGCUUCAUUGAACGUGACUUAAUUGAGCAGGCUACAAUGGUUGCUUUGGAGCAAGCAGGGCGAUUAAAUUGGUGGUCCACAGUGUGUACAAGCUGCAAACGUCUUCUUCCCUUGGCGACAACAGGUGAUGGAAACUGCCUCUUGCAUGCUGCCUCUUUAGGGAUGUGGGGAUUUCAUGACCGGGACCUUGUUUUACGGAAAGCACUCUACACUAUGAUGAGAAGUGGAGCUGAAAGGGAAGCACUGAAAAGGAGAUGGAGAUGGCAACAGACCCAGCAAAAUAAGGAGUCAGGUUUAGUGUAUACAGAAGAAGAAUGGGAACGGGAGUGGAAUGAACUGCUUAAGCUGGCAUCAAGUGAGCCUCGCACACAUUUAAGCAAAAAUGGAGGCACUGGUGGUGGAGUUGAUAACUCAGAAGAUCCAGUGUAUGAGAGCUUAGAAGAGUUCCACGUUUUUGUCUUAGCCCAUAUUUUAAGAAGACCUAUUGUUGUAGUAGCAGACACAAUGUUACGAGACUCGGGGGGAGAAGCAUUUGCACCUAUACCAUUUGGAGGAAUUUAUUUGCCACUUGAAGUUCUACCCAACAGAUGUCAUUGCUCACCUCUUGUUCUAGCCUACGAUCAGGCACAUUUCUCUGCUCUUGUUUCCAUGGAACAAAAAGAUCAACAGAGAGAACAAGCGGUGAUCCCCCUGACUGACUCUGAACACAAGCUGCUGCCUUUGCACUUUGCGGUCGAUCCUGGGAAAGACUGGGAGUGGGGAAAAGAUGACAAUGAUAACACCAGACUGGCCAAUUUGAUUCUGUCUCUUGAGGCAAAGCUUAAUCUUCUGCACAGCUAUAUGAAUGUAACAUGGAUACGCAUACCAUCUGAGACACGGCAGGCCCCUUUGGCUCAACCAGAAUCCCCUACAGCUUCAGCUGGGGAAGAUGUUCAGUCUCUGGCUGACUCAAUGGACUCGGACCGAGAUUCCAUCUGUAGUAAUUCCAACGGCAAUAAUGGCAAAAACAGUAAAGAAAAAGAAAAGGACAAACAGAGGAAAGAUAAAGACAAAAACAGGACGGAUUCAGUUGCCAAUAAAAUAGGAAGCCUCAGUAAAAGCCUGGGAAUUAAACUGAAAAAGAAUAUGGGUGGUCUUGGAGGACUGGUGCAUGGCAAAAUGAGCAGGGCAAAUUCAGGGAAUGGGAAAAAUGGUGACACCGUAGAGAAAGUAAAAGAGAAGAAGUCUAAGUCUCGAAAAGGCAGCAAAGAGGAAUCUGGACAGUCUGCAAGCACUUCUCCAUCUGAAAAGACUACUCCAUCUCCUACUGACAGAGCUAGCAACUCACCCAUUGAAAAGAUGAACACUAAAUCUUUCUCUGACAAGCAGUCUGACCCAUGGAAGUACAGCACUGAUGUGAAACUCAGCCUCAAUAUUUUGAGAGCUGCCAUGCAGGGUGAACGGAAGUUUAUUUUUGCUGGCCUUCUUUUGACCAGCCAUAGGCAUCAGUUCCACGAGGAGAUGAUAGGUUAUUACCUGACCAGUGCGCAGGAGCGUUUCAAUGCAGAGCAGGAACAGAAAAGAAAGGAUGCUGAGAAAAAGGCUGCGCUGAAUGGGUCAUCUAACAAGAAACUGGAGCCAGAAGCAUAUUCAAAAGAGAAGUUAGAAGCAUCUCCUCAGGAUAGGGCAUCACCUGUCUUGCCUCAAAGCCAUACAACUCAACUGGUUUUAAAAUUUAAAGAUCGCACUAGUCCCACUCCUGGGUCAUUUUCUUCACCUAGUAACGGUGCUAAGAGAAGCGGCCCCAUCCCAGUCUCUGCCCACUAUAGCCAUACACCACCUGUUCAAAGGCAAAGUGUCAUCCAUUUGCAUGAUGUCAACUCCAAGCCAUCGAGCUUCCAAGAUGAUACCUACAAGCCAGUUGUUGGCACCUUAAAAACCUGUGCCACGUACCCCCAGCAGAACAGAUCCCUGUCUUCUCAAAGCUACAGCCCAGCCCGGAUAUCUGGAAUCCGUACGGUGAACACAGUGGAAUCGCUGAGCUAUGCCAUGCCUACUGAACACAAGUCUCAGACAUACACAAAUGGAUUCAAUACCGGCGAUAUUAGAGACUGCUUAGAAUAUGCUGAUGAGGAUGCUCCUCAGACCUGGUUGAACAAUGAUAAAAAUCAAGGCAGAAGCACAGUUUGCCCAAUAUAUCCCAUCCAGCAGAACCGCUGUAAGAAGGAUAACUGUUCCUUUUAUGGUCGUCCUGAGACUGAAAAUUACUGUUCAUACUGCUACAAAGAAGAGUUGAAGCGCAGGGAGAGAGAAAGCAAGGGACACAGGCAUUGAGGAUUCUUCUGUGACUAUUUAGUUUUAUCAUUUUCUUACUUACACAGUAAACAGUGUUGAAUUGCAGUAAAAGGAAUCCUUACAAAAAGAAUAAAGG